CCGCGCGGCCACGAGACCCUCCAUUUCCGGGAGCGGCGCCGCGUCCCUCUCUUGGCAGAGGCGGCGGCGAGCCGGAGCGGGCCUGGCUCGGCGGCACGGCGGCGGCUGCCCGGAGCGCGGCAAGAGGGGCCUCCUGGGGCCGGCAGUGGAGGGCAGCGAGGCCGGGGAGGUCUCCAGGCAGUCGGCACCAUGCUGAAUAUGUGGAAAGUGCGGGAGCUGGUGGACAAGGCCACCAAUGUGGUUAUGAAUUAUUCAGAAAUCGAGUCUAAGGUUCGAGAAGCAACCAAUGACGAUCCAUGGGGACCUUCAGGGCAACUCAUGGGAGAGAUUGCCAAGGCUACGUUUAUGUAUGAACAGUUUCCAGAACUUAUGAACAUGCUUUGGACCCGAAUGCUGAAAGACAAUAAAAAGAACUGGAGGAGAGUUUAUAAGUCUUUGCUGCUCCUAGCUUACCUCAUAAGGAAUGGAUCAGAGCGUGUUGUUACAAGUGCCAGAGAACACAUUUAUGAUUUGCGAUCCCUGGAAAAUUACCACUUUGUAGAUGAAAAUGGUAAAGACCAAGGUAUAAACAUACGCCAGAAGGUAAAAGAAAUGGUUGAAUUUGCUCAAGAUGAUGAUCGUCUUCGGGAGGAGAGGAAGAAAGCAAAGAAGAACAAAGACAAAUACAUUGGGGUCUCUUCAGACAGUGUUGGAGGGUUCAGAUACAGUGAAAGAUACGAUCCUGAGCCCAAGUCAAAAUGGGAUGAAGAAUGGGAUAAAAAACCAGCUUUUCCUUUCAGUGAUAAGUUAGGUGAGCUGAGUGACAAAAUUGGAAGCACGAUCGAUGAUACCAUCAGCAAGUUCCGAAGGAAAGAUAGAGAAGACUCUCCAGAAAGAUGCAGUGACAGUGAUGAGGAAAAAUCAAGAAGAGGUAAAUCUCCCAAAGCUGAAUUUAAAGAUGAAGAGGAGACUGUGACAACAAAACACAUUCAUAUCACACAGGCUACAGAAACUACAACCACCAGACACAAACGCACAGCAAAUCCUUCAAAAACCAUUGACUUGGGAGCAGCAGCACAUUAUACAGGGGACAAAGCCAGUCCAGAACAGAAUGCUGCUGCUCAUAAUGCACAGUCUACAGCAAAGGCUUCUGUACCCUCUGGCAGCAAGUCAUCUAAUGACCUGGUUGAUCUGCUGUUUGAUGGAACUAGCCAGCCAGCCUCAACAGGUGGCUCAGGUGACCCAUUUGGAGGAUUUGCUGAUUUUAGUUCAGCUGCUGCCUCAGCAAGUUUCCCAGCAUCACAAGGUACAGCAACAAGUGGAAAUGGAGACUUUGGUGACUGGAGUGCCUUCAACCAAGCUUCUCCUUGUCCCAGUGCUUCAUCUGGAGAGCUCUUCAGCGGCACGACACAGCAGCAAGCUCUAGAGCUCUUCAGUAGCUCACAGCCAGCUUCUAGCCAGCCUCCAGCUGCUUCAAAUUCUACUGAUCUUUUUGAUUUGAUGGGCCCCUCUCAGACAUCCAUGACCUCCUCACUAAGUAUGAAUUUCUCCAUGAUGAACUCCAAUGCUAUGGGCGUCAGUUUACCCAUGUCAAGGUCACAGCCUCUGCAAAGUGUGAACACCAUGAUGCCGAAGCCUAACCCUCUUUAUAAUGCAAGCACAGAGAUGGUCCAGAAGAAUGCAAGCAAGACUCUACCCUCAACUUGGUCAGAUCCCAGUGUAAAUAUUAGUUUGGACAAUUUAGUACCUGGGAUGCAGCCUUCCAAACCCCAGCAACCAACACUUAAUACCAUGAUGCAGCAACAAAAUAUGCAACAACCCAUGAAUGUCAUGACUCAAAACUUUGCAGCCGUGAACCUCAGUCCUCAGCCUAACAUGAUGCCUGUCCGACCCCAGACAGGCCCGUUGAUGGGAGGACCCAUGCCUGUGGGGAUGGGAAUGCCCACUGUGAUGUCAGGUACGAUGGGAAUGACCUCCAUGGGACCUACACCUAUGAUGAACCAAGGAAUGAUGGGAAUGAACAUGAACAUGGGAGUGGCAGCUACAGGAAUGGGUUUGACAGGCACAAUAGGAAUGGGGGUACCCAACAUCGCUAUGACCUCUCUGACUCCUGGGACUGUACAACCCAAGCAAGAUGCCUUUGCAAAUUUUGCCAAUUUUAGCAAAUAAAGAUUGUAAAAUACAUAAGAUUAAAAUCAGAUUAAAGGAAUGGGCAGACUGAAUGAAGGAUUUUUAGCUGCACAAAUAUAGCUGGGGAAAGGAUGGAAAACACUGAUCAAUACUUUCCUUUUUUUUUUUUUCCUCUCGUUGUUUUUUUCUUUCUCAGUUAAAGUCUCUGCAUAAAGAACCAAAAGCUAUUUUCUAAGUGUUGAAAUAACUAGGGUUCAAAUUCUGGAGAGGUGAAAGGUUCUUCUAAGGAACGUGGUUAGAUGAUUUUUGCAACAAUAAUUUGUAUUGAGACCAUCCAAACACCUUUCCUAGGCAGCAGAACCAAUUUUAACUUUGCGAUGAUGGAAGACUGGAAUUGGGGGCUGGGGGAAAAAUGUUGGAAUCUAAUUUUAUACUUUUCUUUUUCUCUUGAAGAGCUUGACUUUCUUUUUCCCUUUGUCAUAAUUGGAUCAUUCCUUUUACUACCACUGAGUCCACAAUUGAAGUCACUCAAGUACUAUGAUCAGUUUUUUAUAAGAAUAUAUAUUUUUGUCCAAAAAAAAAAAAAAAAAUGGCUUGCAUAUGUGAUUAUGGCUAAUUCAAAGGGACCUGGAAUGUAUAUAUACUUUUGCUAAUGUUCCAGCCACACUGCUAUAUUACCCAAAUUUUUAUUGUGAAAAUCCUCUCUCAGCAAUUUGGUGAUCAGAGAUUUUUGGGGUCUAUUGUUAUAUCCGAGAUCCAGUGCGAGUCUGGGAAAUGCUUUACCCGAGACCGCUGGAAGGUUUCCUUUCAGAAAACUCCAGAGUAUGUGCACUUUCUUGCAGUUCUUUUUACAGUGGCACUUGGCAUCCUUUGUACCACCAGUAUCCCUGUGGAGCCACUGGUUCAGGCCGUCAGCAGCAGUCAAAGAGCAAAAAUAGGUUUGCAUCGUUACCAAAACCACCACCUCCAACAAAAGGGGAGAAUUACACUUCAGUUAUGUAACUCUGUAGCCCUGCCUAACCCAGCAGCAUUGGGUUUUAGCUUUUAUACAACAUUUGGUGAUUCUUUUGUGUAAAUAUGGCAUUAGCAGCUGUGGAAUCCAAUAGAGGAGUAAAAA